UAAACUGACAAUGACAGGGUAUUUUUUCUUAGGUUGGAGAUUUCAAGGGAAUGUAUUUAAAAAAAUCGAAGUACAAAACGAAAUAGAAUGCAUCGUAAAAUGCUUUAAAGAGCCAUGUUGUCAAUCUCUAAACCACAGAAGAAGGUUAAGCCAAGGACGUUGGGGUCUGUGUGAAAUGUUACACAGUGUUUUAAAUGACAGCAGCCGACAAAAUUUAAGACAAAAUCGAUUUUAUGAUUAUGUUUUCUUCAACACACCGAUCAAAAUGUACAACAAAAGCUGCAAACUGCAACAGCCCCUCAACAAAAGUUACGAUUUGGUAUUUCCCAAUGCUCAUGUCGAGAACUUGAUUCUUCUCGAUAAUGUGAUGCCUAAUAUAUCAGAGAUGACAUUGGCAUUUUGGGUAAACACAGUUUCAAGGCGAAGGAUGGCGCUGUUUUCUUAUGCUGUUCAGAACAGUCCUGACGAAUUCUUUGUGGGAUUUGACACAGAACGGGUCAUCAUUACAAUAAAGUCGUUGACAAAAGAGUAAGAACAAUUAAUUUUAUUGGUUUAAACCACGGUUAAACAUUCAUCAAUCUGCUAAAUUUUGAAAUUUGAAUUAAUGUGCAAAAUAUUUGUAUGCUUUUGGUAAAGGAUAUUUUUAGAUGCACAACAGACUUGUAUUCGGAUUCAGCGUUUAUACAUUAUUGAUUUAUACAUCAUUAUACAUUGUUUUGUAAAAACCAUGUUUGUCAAAUGUGAUUGGCUAAUU